AAGACUGGUGGUGGAAACAGGAAAGUGACAAAGAGACUAACAAACAGCAAUGAGUCAAAUAACCCUAGGGCUGCUCAUCCGGUCCCCAGCCUCCACCUCUUCCACCUGAACCUGCAUCUUUACUUCAGCUUUUCUCUCCAGUUACGCAGCUAUCACAUUCAUGAACUCCGCUGGAUCUCAUCUGAAUCCCGGGUACUGCCUUUGGGCCCCAUCUCACUGCUCAGGCUCCAGCUUCUCCCCUUGCCGGUGCCUUCCUCAUUCUUUUCACGGUCUUAUUUGAGUAGGCACUUCAGGGAAGCCUGGAGGCCGUCAGCACCGGGGAGCAAGCGGAGUCCACUUACGUUGCUUAGCAACGGGCUCAACUCUUCCGCCUCCGCCUCUUCGGGCUGCUGGGCAGAGACGUACCAGCCCCGCUCAGCAUCGAUGCUUCCCCAGGGUACCUCCAUACUGCUUGUCUGCCGAUUGCCAAGCCCAUCUGCUGGACACUACCUCGGACCUUACGUCUUUUGCCUCGCCAGGGGCGGGGCUUUUCGUUCGCGACCUUCCGAGUUUCCGUACACUAGGAGAAGGAAGGGAGUCGACGCGUUUGAUGACGCCCGCCCCGUGGCGGCGAAUAGUGAUGACGUAAUUAAGGGCUGGCCCAAACACCAGCGACCCAUCUCUGACCGGUGCCAGGGCAUGAGGAUCUUAUGGAAGCCAUUUGGAUUCUCAAGAAGACUUGUGAAAGUGGAAAGCUGUAGCAUAACUAAAUCGGAAUCACUGUGUCCACUAGCUUGGACAUUGCUGACACAGAAACUUAGCAGAGCACCUUGUAUUUUUUUACCGGUUCAAAGAAAAAGAUUCUCAACUAUGCCAGAAAUAGAAACAAAUCAGAGAGAUUCUGAAUUGUUUUCACCACCCUCUGAUGUUCGAGGAAUGACAAAACUUGAUAGAACAGCUUUUAAAAAGACAGUCACCAUUCCAGUGCUUAAAGUGAGGAAAGAAAUUGUCAAUAAAUUGAUGCGACCCCUUAAAAGGGCAACACUGCAGCACCCAGGCAUAAAACGUGUAAUUGAAGAUCCAGAAAAUGAAGAAAAUAGACUAAUUAUGCUGGAUCCCUAUAAAAGGUCUUCUGAAGACUCCUUUGAGAAAGCAGAACUUGUUAUUUUAAAGCAACUUAAUGUAAAUCCACAGAUAUCUAAAUAUAAUUUGGAACUAACCUAUGAAAACUAUAAGUUAGAAGAAAUCUUGAGAGCUGUGCUUCCUGAAAGUCAAGAUGUGACUUCAGGGUUUAGCAGAGUUGGACAUAUUGCCCACCUGAACCUUCGAGAUCAUCAACUGCCUUUCAAGCAUUUAAUUGGUGAGGUUAUGAUCGACAAAAAUCCAGGAAUCACCUCAGUAGUCAAUAAAAUCAAUAAUAUUGACAAUACUUACCGAAAUUUCCAAAUGGAACUACUAUCUGGAGAGGAAAACAUGACGACCAAGGUUCGAGAAAACAACUACAGUUAUGAAUUUGAUUUUUCAAAAGUCUACUGGAAUCCUCGUCUCUCUACAGAACACAGCCGUAUCACAGAACUUCUCAAACCUGGGGAUGUCCUAUUUGAUGUUUUUGCUGGGGUUGGGCCCUUUGCAAUUCCAGUAGCAAAGAAAAACUGUACUGUAUUUGCCAAUGAUCUGAAUCCUGAAUCCUAUAAAUGGCUAUUGCACAACUGUAAAUUAAACAAAGUGGACCAAAAAGUAAAAGUCUUCAACUUGGAUGGGAAGGACUUCCUCCAAGGACCAGUCAGAGAGGAAUUAAUACAGCAGCUGGGACCACUGUCAAAAGAAAGAAAACAUUCUCUGCACAUUGUUAUGAACUUGCCAGCAAAGGCUAUAGAGUUUCUUGGUGCUUUCAAAUCACUUUUAGAUGGGCAGCCCUGCAGCAGCGAGCUUCUUCCCAUUGUGCAUUGUUACAGCUUUUCCAAAGACCCUAAUCCUGCUGAGGAUGUUCAGCAACGAGCUGGAGCGGUAUUAGGCAUUUCAAUGGAGGCGUGCAGUUCAGUUCACCUAGUAAGAAAUGUGGCCCCUAAUAAGGAAAUGCUGUGCAUCACCUUUCAGAUUCCUGCUGCUAUACUCUACAAGAACCAGACCGUAAACCUAGAGAAUCAUGAAAGUCCACCUCUUAAACGCCAGAGGACAGAUAAAGCCUUUUCAGAAGAAAAAACACAAACUGCUUCAGACACUUAAUUGGAAAUAUUUUCUCCAUCUCCCCAGAUUUUUAUGUAGUGAAAUGCAAUUUGUAUGAUUUCAUAAAAUUUCAACAGUUGUUUUAGUAAUGAAUGCUUAUCUUUUGCCCUUGCUGUUUUAAAUAAAUUUCAGAAUUGCCAAAUUAAAAUUUAGCUG